CGCACGGUCAGUUCGGUUAGGUUUUUCGCAAAUGAGCGAGACUCGAUACUCGAUUGUUCUGAGUGGGUGGUAAGUUUUUUUUCUACCCUACGCUGUGGGAUAUGGUGACACUCUCCACCUCCACCACCGCCACCACCAUCAGUUCCACAUCGUGGCAAGAGGAAGAUAAUUGAGCUUCGAGAAAUACAGCAGAACCACUCGGUCGGUUGCGUGGAAAACUAGCCCCUCGGUUGGGGGUUUUCGGUGAUGUAAAGAACUUGUCACAGUUGGGCAAAAAAGCUUCCUGGAAGGCAUCCCUUCGAUGUGUAUUGUGCAUAUAAUAUCCCUCUUGGAACGGAACAAUCCGUGGCAUUCGUAAAAGUCGGGUCGGGCCGACCAAGAGGCUCUGAAUGAAAAUCGAUUAGGAGUGUUUUCGGUUACGAACGUCGGAGAUUGUGAGUGUGUUUGUUGUGUGGAAAAUGCCGUCGCGAGAAAUUGUAAACGGUGGAAAAGUUUUGGGAAAAUUAUGAAAAGUGGGCAGACAGAAAUUUCGCCGAACGCCUGCUGAAGCACCCUUGGUUCGCCAAGGUUCUAGCCUGGACGACAAAAAUUAGCUGCAAUUCGACGCAAGAAUCCUUCGACGGAAUCAAUGUGUGCAAUUGUGUGUGAGCACAGGCCGAGAGAGAGAGAGUACUGUCUGUCGGGAUUCGUCUGGCUGAGAAAAAGCUCCAACCGGUGACCACUUGCUGGUAGACAGCACACGGACGCCUAGCUGUCAAAACAAAACUGACGGGGGCUGCUGCUUCCGCCGUAUGCAAAACAGCUCUUUGGAUUUAUAUGUGUGUGGUAAAUUAAUUGGGGAAGACAUCCACCCGGGUGGGUUUCGGCGUGAAAAAUUAUCCCCGGAUCAGUCCUCUUUUGAGCGGUAAAGUGGGGUGAAAAGUGUGGCCCGUUGUGGAAAUCUUCAGUGCAGGCAGCAGGGUUUGGGAGUGUUUGCGUGAGUGAGUGCGUUUUUAUAGAGUGCAGCUGUAUUGGUGGAAAAGGGGGUGGCGUGCAGCCACGGAGCAGGAGCAGCUGGAGGAGGAGAAGAAGGAGGAUGUAAUGUAUGGACCAGGAAAAACGAUAUCAACCCGGUCGUGAAUAAUAAAUACUACAAAUCUCACCCAAAUUACUCACGUUUUUCCUGGUGCCGUUCGCUGGCGGCCGGGAAGUCGGUGUAUCCGUUCUUUCGUUCGUUCGUCGGAGGGUUUGAUUUUCCGCUGAUUUUCAGUGUUUUCUUCCGGGGCGCAGCUUCGCUUUGCUGGAGGCGGCGAAGCAUGUGACAAAUUGUUGGUUCUACGAGACCAAAUAUAUAUGUAUGGUAUAUGAUGUGUUGGGGAAUGUUGACAACGGUGCGAGAAAUAAUGAUGAUGAGGAAAAGUGCUUAGUCUGGAGGAUAAUAAUCAUAUCUCGUUUUGAAGGCAAUCAUUACACGAAGGUGGUGACAGAGUAUUAGCGGGGGAAAAAAGAGUGCGAUAUAAUUCGAAGAAACACACAAAAUCGCUUAUUUUUAGCGGGUCGUCAAGCGGUUACCUCUUGUUUAUCGUACGGAAGUUUCUCAUUUGGCUUGCGAGUUAUACACUCGAUUGUGGGCGGCUUUUGAUGGACUUAUGAAUGUUGGCCUCAGCGAGCACCUAAUAGAGCCGACUGUGUUGGAAGGACAGAAAUAGCGCGCAAAGCCGCCAGACUUGUUGUCACCAGCGCGAGUCAUUUGGAAAAAAGACUCUCUAAUGUAUGCUCCGAGCUGAUGAUGGUGCAAAGAUUAGCUGUAAUAAUCAAAAUCAUAUCACAACACUGAUUCCGUAGCUGCCAUUGACGUUACUGGGAAGUGUUGCCAGAUUUCUUUUAUAAGAUAAUUUGCUGAAGAUGGAUUUCCGGCGCGGGAAGACGGCAAUCCCGGCGUAAUUUGUGCGCGUUCAGGAAUAGCAAUUUUGUGAGUGCCGCCCAAACACACAGAAAGCUCGGAACAAUUCUCUGGCAUUAGCUUUGGUCCCUGGCCAAACGCUCCGAUAAGAUGGUGGAAUCCGGUAGCAUUAGUCGGACCAGUCCAGCGUCCACUUCGAUGGCAACGUGUGGCGUCCGCAGUGGCAUCCUCGAGACACGUGUCCGUGGCGCCUGGUACCGAGUGUCGGUCACACUCGAAACGGAAUACAUUUCGGUUAGUUUGGAUGAAACGUGCGAACCGGUCGAUCACAGCACCACCCUCAACGGAACGCUGGGGAGCAAUCACAGCGGCAACAACAGUUCAAACAAUUCGUCACAGCCCUCGUCAACGGGUGCAUCGGGGCCAUCGAUCCACUCGUCGGAGAAUCUGAGCAACGGUGGCGUCACGACGCCUGCCGGAAGCAGCACACUCAACGGGGGCGGAAGUCUAAACGGCGACAAUUUCCUCAACAAUAAUAAUAACAACAACAACAAUGGCGUCAACAGCAGUCUCAACAACAACAACGGCACGAACGGGUUGGGAGGGGCCGGCAGUGGUGGCAGCGGCAGCAACAACAACAGUAUCGAUAAUGGAAUCGCCGAAAUCUGCGAUGUACCUGACUCGGUGGCGAACCAGAAGCGACAUGUGCGCGUAAUCAAAUCGGACAACAACGGACUCGGCAUUUCGAUUAAGGGCGGCCGCGAGAACCGCAUGCCCAUACUGAUAUCGAAAAUCUUCCGCGGGAUGGCGGCCGACAACGCCAAGGGUCUGUACGUGGGCGACGCGAUCCUGUCGGUGAACGGUGAGGACCUGCGGGAUGCGACCCACGAGGAAGCCGUUCGGGCACUGAAACGGGCCGGCCGUGUGGUGGACCUUGAAGUGAAAUUCCUGCGUGAAGUGACGCCAUACUUCCGGAAGGCGAGCAUCAUCUCCGAGGUGGGCUGGGAGUUACAGCGUGCGUUCCUGUGCCCACUCGGGCCGGGUGCUUCCUCCCCACCGGCAGCCGCCCCCCGAAGUCCCCCGAGGGCCGACACCCGAUACAUACCACUCCAGCUGACCCAUUUGGCGCGAAAUCUCAAGUACCACGAUGCGGAAAACCGCUGCAUAGAGCUCCACUCCCCGGACGGCAUCCACUCGUGCAUCCUGCGUGCCGUGGACCCCCAAGAAGCGACUAUCUGGUUCAACGCCCUCCACUCGGCCAUCGGCACGAGCACCCAAAAGGCCCUACACGACGCGAAUCGAGCCCUGGCGUCGAUGAUUGGCGAACUGAAGUUCAUCGGUUGGCUCAGUCGGAGAUGCGGUGGUGAACAGAACGGACGCUCCAGCUCGGAAAGUUCGGACGAAUUAGACAAAUGGCAAUCAAUUUUCGUAGCCGUCACCGAUCGCGAGUUUCGAUUAUACGAAAGUGCUCCGUGGUCUGUGGAAGCGUGGAGUAGACCGUUUGAAUGUUGUCCCCUGGUAACGACACGCCUGGCCGGCACUGGCAACACUUCCACCGUAGGAUCCAAUUCGAGCGCCCAGUCCAAUAUUUUCUGCGUCCGAUGUGGCACAACGCGCGGAAUACUCAGCCACUGGUUGCGGGCGGAAACCAACCGGGAUAUGGCGGCGUGGGCCCGGGUACUGGUGCAGGGCUGCCACAGUGCCAUCAUUGUCCAGCGCGAGUUCUCCUUCCGGUGCUUGUACCAGGGUCGCCCAUGUCAAUUAAUUGUCCACCUGGACCGCGGCUUCACCCUGCUGGACAGCGCCCUCGGCAGCAACGGCUCGAAACCGCUUUGGGCCUUCCCGUUCGACAAGCUGAAAGGUUCCGCGGACGAUGGCAACAAGCUGCUAUUUUUGGAUUUCUCCGGCUGCGAAGAAGGCGCGGAAAUUGAACUUGACAUGGAGUGCUGUCCCAAGCCGGUUGUUUUCGUCCUGCACAAUUGCCUGUCGGCCAAGGUACACUCGUUGGCGUAAGAAGCCAACCUCUCCAGCUUUCAUUUCAACCUGCCUAUCCUGUCGGGGAUGAAAGAGGAUGAGGAUGAGAAUGGAGGACUGCUGUGGGAAGAAGAGCACUCUGUUUGUCAAGAAAGCAACAACUCACUCACUGUAAAUAAUCUCUAUGAAAGUUGUCCGAUUCAAGACCGCUAGACACCAUUAUUAUUAUUAUUAGUAGGAUUAUUAUUCGAUCGGUUGUUUUUGUUUCUCCGGUUUGUUUUAUCCAAUGUUAUCUCGCUGGCGACAGCUGUUGCUGUUGUCGAGGCAAAAGUUUUGUUGAUUAUUAGUAGAAAUCCGAUUCUAGGCAUCAAACACCACAGUUUUCACACAAACGAAGGAAACAAGAAAUGGAACUUCCAAUUCAACGCAGCGACGAUAGAGCAGAGGGGGAGUGUAUGUGUGAAAGGACACGGGGAAGUAAAUUUCUGUAACUGAUUGUGAUAGUUGAACUGUUAAAUUGUAUAGAUAUAACUUCUUUCAUUACAAAGCCAAGCGAAAAUAUAAUAGUUUUUAAGAAGUGGUCGAAGCUGGAGGGGAAUGGGCAAACAAACUCUCAUUGUCCACCACUUCAGGGCAGGAUGGACAGGCAAAAACGAGGAACGGCGAGCAAUUGAAUGUUUAUACCACGAAUGACAAUUUGCCUUUUUGAAGGAAGGAUCGACAGUAAAACGAAGAGUAGGGAAAAGUUGUAACUUGCGUAAAUUUCAUCGAAGGGUCGGAGGAAGUUAAUUAAGGAAGUUUUAGUGAGGAUCGAACGAGAAGUGCAAGGAGUAUUCUAAUUUGGGAACUAGACGAAUUUGACUUAUAAACGAAAUAACCAAUCUUGAGCAAGUCAGUAAUGGUGUAACUUUGUUACGAAAAAAAAACACCCUUAACCCAUUAACGACCAAGCUGUAAAAAUUAUUUUUUUGACGAAAGCCAUUGUUGUAUUUUCGAUUAUUAACGCUAAAGGAACUCCAAUGUUCAAGAAUUAUUUUUUUCCCAUCUUCCAUUUUCCGGGAAAUGACUGUUCGAAAAAUCGAACAUUGGCCGAAACCCGCACAUUUUUUUGCAAGUACAAACAUACUGCGAACUAAAAGUCACUUCAAUUAGCAAAUAUACGGUAUUCAUAAAUGCAUUAAUUUUGGAUUCCCGGAAGAACAAGAACAGGAUAAUGGAGGUCUCUAAGUAUAAAUCCAAAUUAAUCCACCUAAGGUGAGAUGUGGCAUUUCUUAUUUCAUGUAAUUUUAACUUAUUACUGACAGACUUUUUCUUUUAAACGAAAGCAUAUGCUGUUAUUUUUAUUGUUAACUGUGGAAAAUGUCAAUGCUUAAAAACUAGUCUCUCCAAUUAUCCAUUUCCCGAAAAAAUCGAACAUUUUCCAAAACCUGCAAAGUACCAGAGUACUGCUAAAAACAAUGGCAUAGAGGGUUGGGAGGUUAUUAUUCGGUCCGGCGGAAGAAUAUUCACACAAACAAUCUCAAUAGAAUCCUCGUUACACGUACUGAUAAUUUCCUCCAGCUCCCCCACAAAAUAAAUUCUACGGGCCGCCAUCACCUAAGGUUGUUACGGACAAAAAAUCAUACAGAUUUCCAAUAAUAUUUGCUAAAUUAAUCGAUAUUUGCAAACAUUCACAACUGAAAAUGCAAGAAUAAAUGAAAAACCUUCCGUCUUCUAAAGUAAACAAACCAAAAUGCGCAGCGGAGGUUAGAUGUGUUGGUGUUGAUUCAGCAGAAAAAAAAAAUGUUCGUUAUGGCCAACGUUCGAUUUUUCGAACACUCAAUUUCCCCGGGUGUUAUUUUCAUGUAUGCGGCUCAAUCGAAUGAUUUUCGCUCUAUAUCAAAAUGUAUGUUCUUUUAUCAAAGCAAUACUGUAGAAAACUUCACAUAUUUUGGUAUUUUAUUGGGGUUUUUAAUUGAAAUUGAAAACACCUUCCAAACAUACUUGCUUUAAAUCGAAUUUAUUAUCCAAUAAAGUUACUCAAAAUUGAAUGAAAUCGAUAUAAGUGGUAGCUAAUAAAUAAGGCUAUCAUUUGGUGCAAAAACAUUAUCAUAUGGUUCCUGUCAAAAGACAUGAAAAAUUAUCAAAGUUGCUGUUCGAUUUUUCGAACGCUUGGCCUAAAAUGGGUUAACUAUUCCCGACCCCUUCGCACUAAUGGCAGUUCGAGUCAGCGUAAGAGCUGGUUAUUGUUAUCAUUAUUUCAGUUAAUUUAAUUAACUUCCAAUGAAAGCGAAGGCAAACUUUCCCUGCAUAAUUUUGCAAUGAGCAGCGGAAGCUGCAAACUUGGUAGGAAGCAAGUCAAGUGAUGAGAGAAAACGAGAGAGUAAAAAACGGAAAUUACCCUAUCUAUCCGGGGAUACGACUAGCAAAGGCAGCCCUUGAGUUCAGAGAAAAUGGAAAGGCAAGCUUAAGGUCCCACAUUCACUCUGCGUCUCUUUUGUUCUGCCUGCUGAAGCUCCAGCAGUUGACGUUGAGUUUAAGUUUGUUUGAAAUCCAACUCUGGUCCCACGCUAAAGUAUAGCAUACCAGGGCAUUCAGUCCUCGCCGAAGUCAGUUUCGAUCUUUCGUCCUUCGUUCGUUAUCUCCUCGCUCGCUGCCCCUCUCUCCCCACUGGCGGUGUGAAAGUUUGGUAUGAUUGGACUUUCGAAGGAUGGCGCUUUUGUUCACAACAAUCUCUCCCCAGUAGCCGGGCAGUGAAGCACAGAAAAAGUUCACCUAAUCAAUUUUGAACGUCCAGCAGCCAUAAGCCAUGCAAUAUCCACUAAGGGCUAGAUUCCAACCAUUCCAAGUAACACCCGCUGGCAUGGGAGGAACCGGGUGACGGAUGCGACGGAAGGACGAGAAGAUGAAAAUCAUAUCAAAUUCAUAGAAAAUUUCGUGUAAGAUAUACAAUAAGAGUCAGCAGAAAAGUUUCUCAAUAACGCAAUAAAGUCUGUAAAUAUGAGAAGCUUCCUCUCGGAUGGGUAAAACAAAAAAUAAAACACAACCCUUUUCCAUUUCUAUCAACAGCGAAAGCGAAGCGAUCAAACUUAUACGCUCACACAUACACACAAACACACAUACACUGAAAGAUAAAUGACUGAUUCUAUAAACAUCUUCGAACGGAAAAAAAUAAAACUUCUCGCCCGACUAGACACGAGAGGAAACAAAAUAAAAACCAAAAAAACGUAGCAACAUCAAGCGAGAGGAAGAAAAUUUUUACUGUAAAACUCUUCCCUUCUUCUUUUAUAGCGUCUCUAUCCCUUUCAAGUAACAAGAAAAAAAACAAACAAUAUAUAGCUGAGUAGCGAACAAUCAAACAGGAAGCAAACCGAGAUCUCGUGUGUAUAUUCAGCCAUCGGAGAUCGAGUUUUAAAGAGCUAAAGCCAGUAACGAAAUCAAAACUUGGAAGACAAAGCUAGCCAUCAUCGUCUCUCACAUUGCAACAAUCGAAUAGUGAAUGAAAUGGUUCACAAUUCUAAACCAAAAUGAAAAAAAAAAAAAAGAAAA